UGUAAGUAUUUUAAUUUAAAUUAUUAUUUCUCGUAUAGCAAAUAAUUCCUUAAAUUACUCUUAUACAGUGUGUUGAUGGAGCCAGUGGGCCUGGCCAGAGCCUGCACGCUUUCAUUUAAGAGGAUUGAUAACCCGGGCGGGUAUACUUGGAGGUUGACUUCGCCAACGGUGAAGGAGUCGUACUUUCAGGAAUUAAAGAAAGAGUUUGCUUGGUCGCCUGAGGACGAGCCUGAGGUAAUGACGAUGUGGGAGCACAAAGCCAGCAAGAGGUACAAUGACAUAAUGAGCAACUACAAGAGGAAGCUUAGGGCUAGUAUCGACGCAGGGCGGGAAAUGGAGAGAUCCCUCUGGAUGUCUGUCGAAUUCUGGACGGGACUCCAGGCAUACUGGGACUAAAACCCUGUUCAAGCCGUUUCCCAGCGAGCACGUGCAAACCGGAUGUCUGAGCCCGAUGGACCUGGUACAGGGAUCAACAGGCACAUGGGAGGGUCUCAAUCCACUCGUAUA